AAUUAACCUUAUUACAAUUAGCAACUUUCGUUUAGCAUCGUUUGGUUCGGUUUGGUUCCUUGGUAAGGCAUUGCAGAACUCUGAUCCAUCAUAUGAACAAAGGAGAAUAAUUUGAUGGAUAAUCUACCAGAGCAUUUAGUUUGGGAAAUAUUGAGUAGAAUAAAGAAAACUAGUGACAGAAACAAUGUUUCCCUAGCUUGUAAAAGGCUUUAUUAUUUAGAUAAUGCACAGAGGCAUUCUCUUAAGGUUGGUUGUGGAAUGGAUCCUGCAAAUGAAGCAUUAACAUGUUUGUGUACUAGGUUUCUAAAUUUGUCCAAAGUAGAGAUCACAUAUUCUGGUUGGAUGUCUAAGUUAGGAAAACAAUUGGAUGAUAUGGGUCUUUUCAUUCUUGCAAAUCAUUGUCCUUUACUCUUUGAUCUCUCCUUAAGUUACUGCACUUUUAUAACCGAUGUCGGUCUCCGUUACUUGGCUUCGUCUUCCAAACUGUCGUCGUUGAGGUUGAAUUUUACUCCCAGAAUAACCGGUUGUGGAAUAUUGUCGCUCGUUGUCGGUUGCAAGAAUCUCUCUAGGCUUCAUCUUAUAAGGUGCCUCAAUGUGAGCAGUGUGGAGUGGCUUGAAUACCUUGGGAAACUUGGAACACUUGAGGAUCUUUCUAUUAAGAACUGUAGGGCCAUUGGUGAAGGUGAUUUGAUUAAGCUUGGCCAUGGUUGGCAAAAACUUAAAAGGUUGCAGUUUGAAGUCGAUGCGAAUUACCGUUAUAUGAAAGUUUAUGACCGACUGUCUGUAGAUAGGUGGCAAAAGCAGCAUGUACCUUGUGAAAAUAUGUUGGAACUAAGUUUGGUGAAUUGCAUCAUAAGUCCUGGUAGAGGACUUGCUUGUGUGUUGGGCAAGUGCAAGAACUUGGGAAAAAUUCACCUGGAUAUGUGUGUUGGUGUAAGGGACUUUGACAUAAUUUGCUUGUCUGAAAGAUCAAGGGACCUUCGGUCGGUUUCGUUUAGAGUUCCAUCUGAUUUUUCUCUUUCUUCCUUGGUGAAUAAUAAUUUGAGAUUAACAGAUGAGAGCCUGAAAGCCUUGGCUCAAAACUGCUCAAAGCUUGAAUCAGUGAGAAUAUCUUUUUCUGAUGGAGAGUUUCCUUCAUCAUCCUCAUUCACAUUGAGUGGAAUAUAUUGCCUAAUUCGAAAAUGCCCGGUUCGGCAUCUUGCCCUUGAUCAUGUUUACUCUUUUAGUGAUGUUGGAAUGGAAGCUCUUUGCACUGCAGAACAUCUUGAAUCUCUUGAACUUGUGAGGUGCCAAGAGAUUAGUGAUGAGGGGCUACAGCUUGUGAGUCAAUUUCCCCGAUUGUGUGUUUUACGGUUACACAAGUGUUUGGGAAUCUCAGAUGAUGGAUUAAAGCCACUUGUUGGAUCAUUCAAGUUGGAUUUCUUGGCUGUCGAAGAUUGUCCUCAAGUUUCUGAAAGAGGUGUCCAAGGAGCUGCAAAGUUUGUGUCGUUUAGGCAAGAUUUAUCUUGGAUGUACUGAAUCUGUUGGGUUUCAUGGACGUUGUUAAGUUCAUGGCUCUGUCUUGACUAUACACAAUAGUGUUGUAUAUCUAUAUGUUGUAUAUCACACAUAUAUGAGAUUGUGCUUUUGUAUUAAUUUGUACAUUCUGUUAUAGUUGGUUUCUAUUUCUGAUUCUUAACUUAAUCGAUUA